GCGGGAGAGGGAACACCACCCGCGGAAGCAGAAGGGACGGCGGGGCUGUUCUGGGUUUCUUCUCAUUGUUCUCCAGAAACCAUCAUAUGGCAGGGACCAAAGGGGCCCCUAGGGAACCUUUGGAUCCCGUAAGCUGGAACAAGAUCUUCACCGAGACGAUCCAGAAGGAACUGCGGUGCCAGCGCUUACAUACGAAGUACGCAGUGAACCCGCUCCUGAAGGUACAUGCCCCAGCUGGAAAGCCUAUGUCUUGGCAUGAUAACCUAGAGGAGCCCGAAGAUGCUACUUUUCUGAAGCUUAUUCAUCAUGCUGCACUUGAACCAAACAAAAAAUACACAGAACCACAGACAGAAAGUCAAGAAAUAGGAUGGUGUACCACACCGUUGAUCAGUACCAACCGCAAUGACAGCAGGCUAUACUUCCCAAGUCGGACUACCGAAAUCAGCAGAUAUAUGGCUGCUGCAUGGCGUCUAAAGGAAAUGUCUAGAGACAAGAAGUAAGAACACAGAAACGUUCUAGUUUCCUGGAAGGACCAUAGACACCAAUGUAGGAUCACUAACCUGAUUGUUAUAGGGCACCAACUAAAUUACAGGCAAGAAAGAUCCCUGUGCUUUCAAUAAAUCUAUCCUUAAGUUUCA